AUGCUUACAUUUAAAGACAAGAUUGAGCUUCUAAAAAAAAUAAAAAAAGAAAAAAUAGAUCUAUCAGACAUAGAUAAAUAUAUUGAAUACCUGAAGCAAAAAUCUUUAGUUGAACCAAUUUUCAAGAAGAUAAUUACAUUUCUUAUCGAUUUAGAUGUAGAAAUUAAUUCUAUUUAUGAAUCUAUUUCUGAAGAAGAUUGGGAUGAUAUUAUGUUUGAAUAUGACACACCAAUAGAAAAACCUUUGUAUGGACUUAUAAAAGAAAAAACAAGAAUUUUUAUUGAUGCUUAUAGAAAAAUAGAUCAAAUUAUUACAAAACUUAAUGUAAAUUUUUUACUAGAUUGUUUUUCUUUGAUUCCACUUUGUAAAUCUAACAGUGUGCAAUUUUUAUUUUUUCGGCUUGGCUGUUACAAACCAAGACCUGUCUUAUGUUUUCUACUAGAAAAUAUAAAAUCUAAUCCUAUUAUUUAUAUACCUUAUUUUACAUCUUUUGUUGCAAGAUGUAAAAUUAAUUCUAAAAAUGCAAUAUUGCAAUACAUUAAAUAUGUAGAAAAUUUAAAGGUUGGUACAAGUUUUAAUUAUAUUUUGGCUUCACAAGGAUUGAUGUAUAUUUGUUGCUUUAAAAAUGAAUUUAUUGAUCAAUGUAAACAAAUUUUUGAUAAAGUGUUUAGUAAUAAUAUUUAUAUGAAUAUGAAUCCAACAAUAGUUGAAACGUUUUGCAAACAUGUCAAUUAUGAUAUUAAAAUGUUUAAGACAUUAGAUAAUCUUUCACUUUUUUAUUUUCCAUUUGACAAAUCGCCUUUUGAUGCUAUACAUGAAUUAUAUGCGGAAAAUUAUUGCGAAUAUAAAAAAUAA